UGCCCAGUGAUGUUCAAAUAUACCUUAGGGGGCACAGAGGACCAGAUCCUGCAAAUCCAGAUGUGUUGUGCAGCCAAAAGGCAACAGAUCGUGUGGCUGCAUAUGGCGAGGCGAUGACUAGUCAGCACGGACCAGACUAUGACUGGAGGACCUCACCUAUUGAUCCUCAGGCUGUGUAUGCAAGUGGUGGAAAAGCUCAUGGAAGGUACACAAUGUUUGCUAACGUCAUUAACUCGAGCCAGGUUAGGGUUCAGCGUGGAGGUUCAUCGAGGUCUGCUGCUCGUAGCUCCCGUCGCUCCACUCAAGAUCCAGCAGAAGUGGAGCAACUGCGAGAAGAACUUAGGCGACAUCAGGAUUACUUGAAGCAACAAGCUGCGCAACAUGAAUAUUAUGCUACACAGAUUCAACAACAACAAACACUCAUACAACAACUAGCACAGGCCCAAGGGAUACACGUCCCGGUGCCCCCCCACCACCUCCCGUUCAUUAUCCUUGGUCUUCACCUCCACCUGUACCUACAUCUCCAUCUACCGAACAUCAGGUAUGCAUAUUUAUCAUCAUUUAGUUGUUGUUAGUUAUAUUAUGAUGUAACUCAACAAAUGUCAU